UCUCAUUCCUCUUCACAGAGAUCAGAGUUCAUGAAGAACACGACAACGUUUCCUCCACAUGCUGUAUCUUACGAAGUGUGUUCAGUUCUCCAGUAUUUACAUACGUCUACUGCGCAGAAAAUGCGAAUAAAAAAAGGAAAAGAGAAGAAAAACCUUCCUCAAGACCCAGUUAAGAAUUUUGAGAAAUGGAAGAAGAAGCAUGACAAAAGCAGGAAAGAAAGUAAACGGCCGAAGAAGAAACGCGAGUGGGAGAGUGAGAGAGAAAACAUCCAGAAGCUGGUGGCCAAAUACACAGAGAUAAAUCCAAAAGAAGCUGUUAAGUUCUCUGAUUUUCCACUCUCAAAGAAGACUCUGCGAGGUCUGUUAGAGGCUCAGUAUCGGCAGCCCACAGAGAUCCAGAGACAGACCAUCGGCUUUGCUCUGCAGGGAAAAGAUGUCUUGGGUGCUGCAAAGACCGGCUCGGGGAAAACUCUUGCUUUCCUCAUUCCUGUGCUGGAGUGUCUGUAUCGUAACCAGUGGACAGCCAUGGAUGGUCUCGGUGCUCUUAUAAUCUCUCCAACUCGAGAGCUGGCUUAUCAGACAUUCGAGGUGCUGAGGAAAGUGGGGAAGAACCAUGAAUUCUCAGCUGGACUUGUUAUUGGUGGAAAGGACCUCAAGGACGAGUCACUGAAGAUUCAUCGCACAAACAUCAUCAUCUGCACACCAGGACGUCUGCUGCAGCACAUGGACGAAAAUGCCAGCUUCCACGCCUCAGAGCUGCACAUGCUCGUGCUGGAUGAAGCUGACAGAAUUUUAGACAUGGGCUUCGCUGACACGCUCAACGCCAUUGUGGAGAACCUUCCAAAAACCAGACAGACGCUGCUGUUCUCCGCCACACAGACCAAGUCUGUGAAAGACCUGGCCAGACUCAGCCUGAAGAACCCCGAGUAUGUGUGGGUUCAUGAACAGGCUAAAUUCAGCACUCCUGCUACUCUGGAGCAGAGCUACGUAGUGUGCGAGCUGCAUGAGAAGGUCAACAUGCUCUUCUCCUUCUUGAGGAGUCACCUGCAGAAGAAGAUUAUUGUCUUUUUCGCUUGCUGCAAAGAGGUGCAGUACCUGUUCCGUGUGUUUUGCCGGCUGCGGCCCGGUAUCUCGGUGUUGGCCCUGCACGGAAAGCAGCCGCAGAUGAAGAGAGUGGAAGUCUACAACGACUUUCUCCGCAAGAAAGCCGCUGUCCUCUUCGCCACAGAUAUCGCUGCAAGAGGACUUGACUUUCCUGCUGUGAACUGGGUGCUUCAGUUUGACUGCCCAGAGGACGCCAACACGUACAUCCACAGAGUCGGCAGGACAGCCAGGUAUAAAGAGGGAGGAGAAGCCCUGCUCAUACUUCUGCCCUCAGAAGAAAAGGGCAUGAUCGCUCAGCUUCAGGAGAAAAAAGUCCCCAUCAACAAAAUCCAGGUGAACCCAGAGAAGCUGACAUGCGUGCGGCAGAAGUUGGAGGCCUUCCUGGCCCAGGAGAAGGAGCAGAAGGAGAGAGCUCAGAGGUGUUUUGUGUCUUACCUUCGCUCCAUCUUUCUGAUGAAGAACAAAGACGUCUUUGAUGUGUUUAAGCUGAAGCUCCCAGAAUACGCCACGUCUCUGGGCCUGGCUGUUCCCCCACGGGUGCGUUUCCUGAAUAAAGCUCAGAAACAGAAGGGCGAGGUGACGCAGGAGAUCAGCACUGCAGCUGACGCUGACUCUGAUGAGGAGAUACAGAGCUUUAAAGCCCAGUUCAGAAGCGACCAAAGCAGUAACCCUGACUCUCAGUCUGAAGAGGAGGAGGAGGAAGAGGAGGACGAUGAGGAGGAGAGUGAUGAGGAAGAAGAGCAGGUGAAGUCUAUAGGCCAGCUCUGCAGUGCUGAUGACGAUGAGGAUGAAGAUCUGAAGGAUCUGGACCUGCUGACAGUUAAACGGAAAGAUGUGUUUAAUGUCAGUGAAGACAAGGAGGAGGAAGAGGAUCCCAAGGACAAGAGCAAGAAAGUGUCCAGGUUUACGGAAGCAAAGAAAGCUCAGAAAAGAAACUUCAAGUUGAACACCAAGAAGGUCUUCACUGAGGAUGGAGAGGUGGUGCAGCAGUGGCCUCCGCUACAGAGAGCCGUAGUGCCAGAUGACGAGGAAGACGAUGAGGACACGACAGGCAUUAACGUGGAAGCUGCAAAAGAGCGACUGCGCAGGGAGGACCAAGAGUUUGACAAGAAGGAAUACAGCAGGAGGAUUAAAGAGAAACACCGUGAGAAAAGGCUGAAGGAGAAGGCGGCACGAAGAGAAGCAAGCAAACAGGCUAAAGAGGAGAAGGAGAAGAAGAAGAAGGCGGCUGGCAUUGGGGAUGAAGAUGGUGAUGAUGAUGAUGAUGAUGAGGAGGAGGAGGAGGAGGUGGUGGCGUACCUGUCAGGCGCCGAUGAUGAAGAGUUUGACCCCAGCACGCUACCCGACCCUGACAAAGUGCGCAAUUCAGAGGAUGAAGAUGAAGAAAGCAGUGAUGGCCCUGAGCUUAUGGGGAGGAAGAGGACCCACAGCAGUAGUGAAGAAGAUGAUGAUGAUAACGGACACUGGGGGACAGGGAGGAAGAAGGCCAAGCAGCACAGCUCAGAACCUGAGCCUCUGAACACUGGUCUCUCACUGGCAGAGGAUGAGGAGUUGGUGCUGCAUUUACUAGGAGGCCAGAGUUAGUUCAUUUCCGCCGAAAGCAAGACCUUGUGACUGUGACCAUAGCCUCCCUCACCUCAUACUUCUCAUAUAAUGGACUCUAAUUAUGUUGUGUUCCUCUCAUGCAUUUCUACUUUGUGGGAUUAGAUUCUGUUUUGUGAAAUAAAAUUAAUGACCAAAAUUUUAGAGUCAUCUUAUUGGAAUUUGCUAGACCGUCUUUCUCUAUCUGUACAUAACAGCCUGUCCUUGUCCACCAGAGAUAAAUCUAGAAAUUGAAAUUUCAUGUGGUCGACCAAGUGUCAGUGGGAUGCACAGAUAACAGCACUGCUGAUGCCAAUCUUAAAGCCCCUGGCAUCCUAAAUCCCUGAUUGCUUUUUGGGUCAAUAUUGGUCUUGCACAUUAUGCAUGAAUAUUUGCUGAGUUUUUUAAGGUCUAGACAUAUUUAAAUAUAAUGGCUUCUGUUUUGUGUAAAGCAAGUGGGUCUUCAUGAAGAAUAAAAGAAUGGGGCAUGCUGUUACAGAUAAAUAAUCAACAACAGGCCUGACAUGAAGCAGAGUUACUGUUAAAACACUGAAGUUGAUUAUUUUCCAAUAACAGUAAAUUCUGAAGUGUUUUACUUAUCCUAAACCAAAGAAUUUGGCAAUAAUUAAAUUUUUUAUCCUCCUUCUGUUACUACAGAAGUGAUAACGUAUUAGAAAGUGCUUAUUAAUAUAAACCUGUGAUUUCCCUUGCAGCUGGAACUACUAUCAGAGCUGCUGUUAUAGAAAAUUAAUCAACACUUUCUGACCAAUCAGAAUUGAGCAUUCACAGCUCUGUAGUAAAAUUUGUGUAAAUGGUUAAGCUGACAUCUUUUAGCUAUUAAAAAACAUUGAGGAACA